AUGGCGGCGACGGGCGGCUCGGACGACGAGGUGCACUUCGACUUCUUCCCGCUCGUCCGCCAGUACAAGAGCGGCCGCGUGGAGCGGUUCUUUAACUUUCCCCCCAUCCCGGCCGGCGUCGACCCCGCCACGGGCGUCGUCUCCAAGGACGUCGUCAUCGACCCGGCCAACGGCCUCUGGGCGCGCGUCUUCCUGCCGCCCGGCGCCGCCGGCAAGCUCCCCGUCGUCGUCUACUUCCACGGCGGCGCCUACGUCAUCGGCUCGGCGUCCGACCCCAUGACGCACAACUACCUCAACGGCCUCGUCGCCGCGGCCAACGUCCUCGCGGUGGCGCUCGAGUACCGCCUCGCGCCGGAGCACCCGCUCCCCGCGGCCUACGACGACUCCUGGGAGGGGCUCAAGUGGGUGGCGUCCCACGCCACGGCUGGCGCGGGCGCGGCAGACGGCGCAGAGCCGUUGCUGGUCGACCACGGCGACUUCUCCCGCGUGUUCCUGGCGGGCGGCAGCGCCGGGGGCACCAUCGCGCACGUCAUGGCCGUGCGCGCCGGCGAGCAGGGUGCCCUCCCAGGCGGGGUCGGCAUCAAGGGGACUAUCGUGGUGCACCCCUACUUCAGCGGCGCGGCGGAGAUCGGCAAGGAGGCUACCACGGGGAAGGCGGAGAAGGCCAAGGCCGACGCCUUCUGGCGGUUCCUCUACCCGGGCUCGCCGGGGCUCGACGACCCGCUGUCCAACCCGUUCUCCGAGGCGGCCGGCGGCAGCGCGGCGCGCAUCGCCGGCGACCGCGUGCUCGUCUGCGUCGCCGAGAAGGACGGCCUCCGGGACAGGGGCGUCUGGUACUACGAGAGCCUCAAGGCGAGCGGCUACGGCGGCGAGGUGGAGCUGCUCGAGUCCAUGGACGAGGACCACGUCUUCUACUGCAUGAAGCCGCGGUCCGAGAAAGCGAUCGAGUUGCAGGAGCGCAUCCUCAGCUUCCUCCGCAAGUGA